CGCCGCUUGCCGGGGAAGGAGGAAAGCUGUCAUGGCGAGCUCCGCCGCCUCCUCGGUGCGACCACCGAGGCCCAAGAAAGAGCCACAAGCGCUUGUCAUCCCCAAGAAUGCGGCGGAGGAGCAGAAGCUCAAGCUGGAGCGGCUCAUGAAGAACCCGGACAAAGCAGUUCCAAUUCCAGAAAAAAUGAGUGAAUGGGCACCUCGACCUCCCCCAGAAUUUGUCCGAGAUGUAAUGGGUUCAAGCGCAGGGGCCGGCAGUGGAGAGUUCCACGUGUACAGGCAUCUUCGCCGGAGAGAGUACCAGCGACAGGACUACAUGGAUGCCAUGGCUGAGAAGGAUCCAGUCAGUCCCAGGAGCAGCCGUCCAGCAGCUCUGAGGAGGCGUCUGGAACAGAGGAGGAGGAGGAGCCCAGCUUCAUCAUGGGACGGUGACAACGUGUGCCACAGCGGCUGUCUGGAGCCUGGCACACUCUGUGACCACGGCUUCAGAAAACCCUCCACACGACUGAGGGGAGGGGGCUGUUUCAGCUCAGUUUCCCUCCCAAGGCCUCGCUGGGUAGAAGCACAUGGGCACCCGUGCUGGCUGCUCCCAGUGCCCAUGUGGGCAGGACUCAGAGCCUGUGGGACAGACGACGGGCUCCUGGACGCUCAAGCGCACUGCCAAGCAGCGUUCAUUAAUGUUCCCACUGGAAGGGGGAGAUGUAUAGCCCUCUGCCCCUGCUUCCUGUGCUCCCGUAUUUGGACAGUGACGAGUUUGGGGCUGGUUUCUGUGAAAGGAAUGUUUAGUAAAGAACAGAAAAAGUUUGUUUUGUUCAGGCCUGUGUGACAUCAGUUACAGAAGCUGUAGACAAGGCUGUGAAAUGACUUGAUAGGGAUGGGGCCUCGAGAUUUCCUAUUACAUGGGCCUGGUCCCAGACUCAUGAGGGAAGUGGCCUUGGCCCUGCGGCUGACUCUCACUGCAGGGCGUCCUGCAGCUGAGAGCACAGACUGCACCCCCAAAUACGUGCUCCUGCCCAGCAGCUCCCAGUACACAAGUGCAUACUGGGAAGCCCCAGGCAUGCACAAAGGGAGGUAUGGGCCUGACCAGCGGGGCUGAGCCAUAAGGCGGCUUGAUGUGUGAAAGGAGUUUGGGGAAAACAGCUGGAGACUACAAAACAGGUAGAAAAUCUAGUCUGGGCUGAAACAGAGUAGAGGGCAUGGGGAACCCUGGCUGAACUGGAAGGGACGGGGACGGACUGGCCAAAAGCUGCAUUUUCAUCCUAAAAUCAGAGGGGAUCUGAACAGAAAAUGGGAGGUGACCAAGGGCAACCUUUCAGACCAACAGGAGGGACAGAGUUGGUUCCUCAUUAGAGCCGUUGCUCACUUUUUGGAUUAUUUAUCUCCAAGUUUCUGAGUACAUUUUGUGCCUUUUGUGGAAUUUGAUCGGAUUAAGGACAUAACGGUUUUGAGUGAAGGGAAACUAAGAAACAUUCUACUUUUCCUUCACUUGGGCUGUGUUGAUUUCCCUGGCCCGCCCUGAGCCACGUGGCAUCUGGCCUAGCUGCUGUCCCUUCAACCGUUCAAGUCACAGGAAUUUGUCUUUCCCAGGAAGGUGCAGUGGAAAGUCAGCCCUAAUAAAUGAGCGCACGCCCUGGCUGGACAUUUUGAAACCCUUGUUUCUCUGUCAGGGCCUGGCUGCAUGUUGUGUGUUUUGUUCUCCUGUCUUUGAACUGUUGGUUUCCUUACCUGCCUCCAAAACGUGUGUCCUGACUCCUGCUUUGAGUCUGCGGCCUGGAUUUCCUGGGUGUUGUCUUGCACUGGGGGCUGUGCAGGGGCCAGAGCUUGGAGCCUGAAGGCCUGGGUUUGAGUCCUGCCCCCUCCUCUGCUGCGAUGGGGACUCCGGGCCAGUCACUUCCUGCUUCUGCCCAGUGCCCCUGGCCAGGAGCUGAGGGGAACACCCCAGCAGGUGU